UCAGAUCAGAAACGCGCACUAAGAUUCUUCACACAUAUCCAUGCUUUCAGACUGGAAUCAAGUCUUGGCAAUGUCGGUUUACAGUAUGCACAUUUUUUUUCUAUUUGCUCUUUGUAUUAGGACAUCGUUUUCAGAUAUUUCUGUAUUUUUCCGAAAGGAAACACGAUUUCAUUUCGACCGAGAGACAAGCAUACAACCUAUGAUUGUACAAAGUUUAACGAAAUGUGCAAUGCAAUGUGCUUGCAUAACUAAAUGUGUUUCGUUCUUUUACAACGAUUUUGAUUCCCUCUGUCAAUUGGAAGGAAAAAUAUACAUGUCUUUUGAUGAAAACAACAACGAUCCAUGGAUAUAUUACGAAAUGAGAAUGACGAAUGUCGCAGCCUUCAAGCCAGUGACAAUGAGUUCUGAACACAACCCACCUUCCCAUUCCCCACAUUAUGCAGUGGAUGGUCAAGUGAAAAACACAAUAUAUGGGAAACAGUGCGCACACACAUCGAAUGAUCCUAACCCGUGGCUGACCAUUGACUUGGAAAACACCUUUGACGUUCAUUACGUCACGCUGUUUAACAGAAUCGAGACUUUGGGUGAGCGCCUUCGUGAUAUUUCUGUCUAUUUGGGUGACGAUUAUGUGAAUGGGCCAUUUCCGGUCACAUGUGGCAACUUUGAUGGUCCGGGUGAAAAUGCAGAAGUUGUUCAUAUUGUGUGUGAUAAACCUGCGCAUGGCCGGUUUGUUAGAAUUCAAAUGAACAAUUUUCAACAAGAUAAUUAUUUAACUUUGUGUGAAGUCAGAGUUUUGGUUUAGAUUCUUUUUUAAAUGACGCUAGCAAGGUAUAGGUGACUUUUUAAGCAUUAUCAAAUGAACAUUGCAAUGUUUUAGUAUGCAGUUGUAACCAAUCGAUUUAUUCCUGCAACAUUGGUGUAAAGAAAUAUCGUAUAUGUAAAGAAGUCAAUAAGUUUGUAUAAUUAAAGGAAUUUCUGGUUUUGAGGAAUAUCAGAUCUUAGUGUCCUAUUUCGAGUUUGUUUAGCCUAAGGACUCCCCAUUUCAAAUUGAUGUGCUUUUUGUGUAAAUGAAUAACGUAUUACUUAUUAUAUAGAGUUUGAAUUCCCAAUUGAUGAAACCUUUAAUUUUUUCACAGCACUGUAACAUGAAAAUAUAU